UCGUUGUCUGGCUAAACCGGCACGAGCAAGUUCUACACAUGCGAUGAGUCUUCAUACAAACGGUCGGAGACGUUUCUGGAACUUUAGAGGCGUUUUUUAACCCAUAUUCGAGUAGAUUGAUUAUCAGACAGGCUGUUUUUGUUCCCACGUAGUCGUUUCAUUUUUAACUCGAGGCAGCUUUUGUAGGGUAAAUUUUAUAAUCUUCAAAUUUUCAUUAUCCCGCGCGCGCUAUCGUUACGAUCUGCGCGCGCGCGCUAAUUAGCUUACUGGCUAAAAGGCACUAUUUCCUCAAGGACUGGCUGCUGUAACGUGUGAAUGUACUCCUGCUCACCUGCAGUCACAGUUGCACAAUGGCUGGUUGCACACUCUGCUUGAUGGCCAAGCACCAAAAAAGCUGCAAAAGAUCUAGUAUAAUUUCAGGAUAGCAGUAGGCCUUUACUGUACCUCCAGUUUACUGUUUUCUGGUCAGCCCCAGAUCAUCUUUUUUUUCUACAAGUUUGCACUGCUGAAUCAAGCCUGUUAACAGGUGAGCCUACAGAGAAGUUAUUUAUUUGACCCAUUACCUCUUUUUUUAUUAGCUACCGUUUUAGAGUAGUGUUACGUUGACAGGCAUUGCUUUCCCUUAAAAUUGUGAAGAAAUUACUUUAUAAUCUGCAAUGAUGGUUUCGACAACUGCAACUGUAAUCCUGUUGGCCACAACAGCAGCAGGAGUAGCAACCACCACCGCUCUGACAGAGUACAUGUGGCUGCUGAUCGUUGGCUUUAUCAUAGCCUUCAUUUUGGCCUUUUCUGUGGGAGCAAAUGAUGUUGCCAACUCCUUUGGCACAGCUGUUGGCUCUGGAGUUGUAACUUUGCGACAGGCAUGUUAUUUGGCCACUGUGUUCGAGACCUUGGGCUCUGUAUUACUUGGGGCCAAAGUGAGCGAGACCAUCCGCAAGGGUAUCAUCGAUGUGGGCAUGUACAACGGCACUGAGCAUGUGUUGAUGGCUGGAUCUGUCAGUGCCAUGUUCGGCUCUGCUGUGUGGCAGCUGGCUGCCUCUUUUCUUAAGCUUCCCAUCUCUGGGACACACUGCAUUGUUGGUGCUACUAUUGGUUUCUCACUGGUUGCCAAGGGCCAACAGGGAGUCAAGUGGAUUGAACUUCUCCGUAUUGUUGCUUCCUGGUUCUUGAGUCCCCUUUUGUCUGGAAUAAUGUCAGGCAUUGUUUUCUACUUUGUGCGCGUGUUCAUCCUCCAGAAGAAAGACCCUGUUCCUAAUGGAUUGAAGGCCCUGCCUGUCUUCUAUGCUAUAACCAUGGCAAUCAACCUGUUCUCCAUUAUGUUCACUGGUGCUCCGGUGCUGGGAUUUGACAAAAUCCCUUGGUGGGGCAUCCUGCUCAUCUCAUUGGCCUGUGGUCUACUGACUGCCAUUGUGGUCUGGUUAAUUGUCUGCCCUCGCCUCAAAAAGAAGAUCGAACGAGAUGCCAAGUCCUCCAGUCCAUCUGAGAGCCCCCUGAUGGAAAAGAGAGAGCUCAAAGAGGCCCACUGUCCAAUCUUGAAGCAGACUGCUAAGGAGACGUCUGCACCGACUGAGCCAGCUAUCAAUCAAAACACUUCCCCCGAAUCCCAGGGAGCCCCUGAGGAACGCAGGGUGGCGUUUGACAUUGGAGAUUCUGACGAAGGGGAAAAUAAGGAGCGCAAGGUGGCUUUUGACAUUGGAGAUUCUGAUGACAUGGAUUACAGCAAUGAAAAUGAAGCCCCCAAACAACCAACAAACAAUCAGCAGAGUAACGGCUGUGCAAAUGCUGCUAAUCAGGUCCAUUUCAACAACCAGGUUCAGUUCAAUAACAGACCAGCACAGAUACCAAAUAAUGGCUAUAGUCAGUACCACACAGUCCAUAAGGACUCGGGUCUCUACAAAGACCUGCUGCACAAGCUCCACCUGGCCAAAGUUGGCGACUGCAUGGGCGAGGCUGGUGACCGACCCAUCAGGAGGAACAACAGCUACACCUCAUACACUAUGGCCAUCAUCGGCCUGCAUGGGGACUUCAGGCAUAGGGAAGGAGACAUCCGUGCUAGUGAGGAUGGUGACAAGGCUCCAGGGUCUGUUGGUCAUGAGCGAAAGCGUGUGCGCAUGGACAGCUACACUAGCUACUGCAAUGCCGUGGCAGAAAACACGACUCCUGAAAGUCUGGGAGAAGGUGACGUGACACUAGAAAUAGGCAACGAAGAUGCAGGCAGCAGCCAAAGCUCUCUGGAGGACAAGCUUGACGAAGAUAAACCAGAAGUCUCAACUCUGUUUCAGUUCUUGCAAAUUCUAACAGCCUGCUUUGGAUCCUUUGCCCACGGAGGAAACGACGUGAGCAAUGCCAUUGGACCAUUGGUGGCUCUGUGGCUGGUUUACAGCACAGGCAGUGUGACCUCAAACAUGCCCACACCCAUUUGGCUUCUCCUGUAUGGUGGGGUGGGCAUCUGCAUUGGACUUUGGGUGUGGGGUCGCAGGGUGAUCCAGACUAUGGGCAAAGACCUUACCCCCAUCACCCCCUCCAGUGGUUUCAGUAUUGAACUGGCCUCCGCUCUGACUGUGGUGGUUGCUUCCAACAUUGGUCUGCCUGUCUCCACCACCCACUGCAAGGUGGGCUCUGUGGUGGCAGUGGGGUGGCUGCGUUCGAGGAAGGCGGUGGACUGGCGUCUGUUCAGAAAUAUCUUCAUGGCGUGGUUUGUGACGGUGCCCAUCUCUGGCUUGAUCAGCGCUGCCAUCAUGGCUAUCUUCAUCUACAGUGGUAUCCUGUGAGCAUACAGCUAUAUCCCAUGCAAGGGAGGGAAAAGACAUCGCUUCAGUGCACAAGAGGGGGAGUGAAGUUGGAAGGCCUCAAUAUUAUCUUCAGAGCCAACAACUUUGGAAAGAGAAAGGAAAGUGAAAUGUUUAAAAGGACUGGUGACAUGUGCCUGUGGUUCAUAUACAACCUAGAUUUUUGCUGUUUGUCCCUUUGGGGAAACUCGUAUCAUUCUGUAAAGAGCUAAUGUCAAAAUAUCAACCAAUGGUGUUUUGUUAAUACUAAUUAAUUCUGUUUGUGUUAAUACUAAUUUUUUUUUUUACUUUGCAAUUAUAUGUAUAUACCAACAUCCUGUUUUUGAUUUGACUUGACAGAUUUUAAAUUGCAGUAUUAGCUUUUAAAUAGAAUUCUACAGUCAUAACACAUGCUGAAGGUAAUGUAGAUGCGAAGGCUAUUGUUUUUAAUUCCAAGUAUCUAACAUUAUUUCAUAUUCUGCAUCUUUCAUAUCUUCAUUUUGGACAUUAUUUUUCCUCGUAUAGAACAAAAACAUUCUGCUGAGAUUUAGGGCUUAUACCUUUAUCCUGCAACCAUAUUCUAUUGAAUUUGAGGUGCUGCAGUUAACAUUUUUGUGGUAUAGCUGUACACACUGGAUGAGCACCUGCAGUAUAAUCAGAAAAUACUGCAUUGUAAACACACAAAGGUCAGCACACUUCUAGGCAAGAAAUGUCUAAGGCCAAUUAGGAGAUCUGGGUUUCCACCUGCCUGAGUUCCCCUCAACUUGAGAGGUGUACCCAAAAAUGUCCACCAGCUCAAAAACCUUAAAGUCUCCUGUUAAAACUUGAUUGCUUCAGCUUUGGUUAAUGGCUUUAGCCCCAUUUUUUUCCCCUCAUUCACCUUGGAGCUUCUUUCAGUCGGCUUUUUGUAUGAAACUUGCACCUUCUUAGACAGUAAGGUUGUGCUACCUUUACCAUUUUUUUGAUCGUUUUCAAAGAGACAGUUCAAGACCUUUUAAAACUGGAAGUUGGCCUGUUUUUUUUUUUUUUUUUUUAGAACCAGAGCAAAUAUACAGUAUAUUUGCAUGCUACCAGUGUGUGGUCACCUGACUGCAGUGCUAAAUGCAUAUCACAACUAGACGCAGUAGUUGCCUUACGUUUAUUUUUCCUUAGGUACCAAAGACUUUUCUUUUGUAUGCCAACUACUCCACAUAUGUGGAUGAUAAAACUUCAAUAAAAAUGGAGAAAAAAAAUACAAA